AUGGAACAAGUAAACAAGCGCGUCCGGUGUUUGAGUCGGUAUAGGAGGGUAUUUGCAGAGUUGCAAAAGCGUGUGAGCGUGUAUGCGUCUGUCGUCGAGUUGGAGGCCAGGCCAAGUUUUGCGUUUCUUGGAGUCCUGCCUAGGCUUGAGACAGGGGGGCUGGGAGAAAUAGCACCCGGCCAGCAGCUCCAACGGCGACACGGGCAAUGGGGAUGGAUUGAAAUUCCACGGCUCUGCUUUGUCAGCCGUCAGGGGCAGAACAAAUUCGCCGCUGCCGUAUCAGCUUUACACAGAGCGGGUCGAAUAUUACAGUCCCGUGAUAUUCAUGCAGACUUCUUGUCUCUAAUUGGCUAG